CGCAAAGCGCAUAAACCACUGAACAGGUUUAAACGAAACUUGGUACACCGAUAGUUUAGAAACUGGACUAACGUACAGGUUUUUGUCCUGAAUGGACGUUACGGUGGGCUCUUUUUGGAUUUGAACGAUUAAGUGUGAAACGGAUUCACGACAACAAGGGUAAGGCACAAAUAGUUCCGACGAAAAUAAUUAAUUACCCAUCAAAUUGAGGAUUGUAACAAUAGUUUUUUACCUUGACUCGCGGUAACAGUAACCACUUGCAGAUGCCACCUUCACCUAUCUAGCACAGGUCAUAUGAUACAGCCAAGUGGCAAACGUAAGGGCCAACUCAAGAAACAUUUACCAUUGUUGUGAGCUCUUGUGAAUAGAAUAAUACCUCUUUUCGCCGAAGAGGGAUUAAAUAAAUCGACAUUUUAAUAGAUAAAAUAAAAUUACAGGGCAAAUACUUAGUGUUUCCAUGAAUUAUAAAAUAUUUAAUCAAAAACAUUUAUACAGAGGUAUCCCUUUGACACAACUCCAACAAACUCGUUCAUAAUUUAACUACACUUUUGCAUACAUUGCGGCCGAGCAAAGAGUAUGCAUACUCUUGUAUUUUUGUACGAAAAUUUCGGUAUGCUUUUGUUUAAAACGUUACAGGAACUUAGCAACUAUCCUACACGAAGUUACGCCAUAUUUGUACAUAACUGUGCAAACAUUUUUAAGCGGUGAAUGCGAAAACGUGAUUACAAUUGCGAAGCGGUUUUUGGGCAAAGAAUAGAAAAGCAAACUUGAGAAUUCUAUACAAAAUUUUGGAAGAACUCUGUUGUUUCCUUACGAAAUGAAUAGUAUUAAUUUAUUUGAUAAGUUUUCUUAUUAAGGGGUUAUAUUAAUGUAGCCGGAUAUUUUGAAUUGGGAUUAAACUUGUUCUUUUUGUUACAGGUCUACAAGAUAUAAACGAAGGCUGAUGUAUAAACACAUAAUGCGUUAUAUUAGUUUCGUCAUCAUAUUUAUUGUAUGUAUUGAUCAAGGUGACGGACACUGGAAGGAAAAGGACAAAGAGAGGCUUCGACAUGAUAUCGAGUUGUAUAAAAAUAUGGCAGAAAAAAUUGAGCGUGAGAUAGAAAGCUUUUACGAUGAAUAUCCCGACGAACGAUACAAGGGAGCUAAUAUUGAUAGGAUACACAAACAUGUAACGAAUGAACUAGACCGUAAAGCAAGAACAAUGGAUGAUGAGAGCAACAAAAUAGAACAAAAUUUUAUAUACGAGAGGCUGAGCAACGUCACUAAUGAUGUUACAACAAAACUCCCCAUCGAUGAAUACAAUACUGUUAAUUACAAAUCACUAGACCAUGACAAGCCAAAACCAAGCUUAAACUCCGCAUGGCCUAAAUUCGAAGACAUACUUCUAGCAAUGGGAAGAAAAUACGACUGGAAAAAUGAUAGAUGGAUAAAAGUAAAAGAAAAACAAAAGAAACCGAACAUCAAAGAAGAAAUGAACGCUAAAGGAGAUAAUAAUAGUAUCGAGUAUCAUGAGAAACACAAAUUCAGUUAUAGAAUCGUUAAAUUAAAAAGUAAGAGUAGAAGAAACGUGGUGGUCGCUGUAUCAGCUGUGAGAUAGUGCGCGGUCUCCAAAACAAGUCAAUGAACUGUAAAGGACAUAUUUUUUGUAGAUAAAAACGGGACCAACAAGGGUGGCGCCAGCAUUCGAUCGUUUUAUGAAGUCUAGUCUAAUAUCGUGUUGCAGAGUAAUCCGCGACUAAUGGCUAAAGCUGAAUAAAAAUAUUGUUAUGCUGACAAAUAUUAUGGCGCUUUAUUCUUUAUGUAUAAGCCCGAUGUAUAGUUAUGCCUAUAGGAAUCUUAAAGUACGCAUGUAAUAAACUUUCAAAUUGUUGUCUGUUGUCGCAUAAGUAGUUCAAUAGUUUAUGUUUUCAUCGCCAUUUAAAAGCUAGAUGUAUGUUCGAACUGGUAAUGUUAACUUUAUGGGUAUCAACAUUCUCAAUAUAUGAAGAAACGUUAAAAUAAACUUCUCCUGUAAAAGUUUUGUUUUAUUCCGAUGUUAUUUCCAAUCGUAUAAGGAAGUUUUGAUACAAUUUCGUUUAUAUUGAUCCCUUGUGUGUAAUCAUCGCAGAUUGUAUUCCAAUGGAAGAGAUAACGGGAUUAUUACAUUGGUUUGAAAAGAAAUAAACAUGGCUCGCAGACGGUUACUUUUUAAUUUAGGUUAUGAUAAAUAAUCGAAGAUUACUAAGUACCAAUCAUUCAAUUCGAAAUAUAACUAAUAUCCUGUGUUUAAGUACUUAGUACCUAUACAAUGGUUUGUGCAAUUUUUCAUCCUCUUUCGUCAGUUGGUAGUACUAUGAACAGUUCCCAGAUAAUUUGUCGAGACCAUAUUGUGUUUUCCCACGUCGACAUAUGCAUGUGAGGUAUGAAUGCCAUUUGUUACAGGAAAGUAAAAACUUGAAGGAAACAAAGUGCCUUAGCUCUGUUGACAAUGUUUAAAGCUUUGUUCUUAAAAUUUAAAAUGUUGCACUUAAAAUUAGUUUUUUUUUUUGUUAUGCAUGCCGUGUAAUACAGCGUAUAGAAGAAAUACAAAAUUUUGCCGCAAAUCACAACACCCCUAAUAUAAGUGUUUUCUAUACAUAACAUUUUGUGUUUUUAUAUUCCAAAACACAAUGGUUUACACUUAUUCAAAGUAUUAAUCCUAUGUGACAGCAAACGCCAGGGCAAUGCAAAUUCAACCUCA